CAUGGGCGUGGCGGUGACUAGUUUAUUGGCGGACGAUUUAGGUAAUUUCAAUAAUGGCAAGUGUGGCAGCAGGUAGUGGACCAGUCAGCAAAGUUGAGCUGAGAAUAUCAUGCAGAAAACUUCAAAACAAAGAUAUUACAUCUAAAUCAGACCCUUGUGUCUCAUUAAUGAUGGAGUUAGGUGGUGGUACUAUGGCAGAGAUUGGCAGAACUGAUCAAAUCAAGAACAGUCUUGAUCCAGACUUUUCUAAACCCCUGGUAGUAGAUUAUAUGUUUGAAGAAGUUCAGAAAUUGGUGUUUAAUGUGUAUGAUAUUGAUAAUGAAACUGAGAAGCUUUCUGAUGAUGACUUCCUGGGACAGCUUGAAUGUACAUUGGGACAGGUGGUGUCAAGUGGUACCUAUACAAAACCAUUGUGUACUAAGUCUGGGAAGCAAGCUGGACAUAGUACUAUCACUAUUGUUGCAGAAGAGAUGUCUGAAUCUAAGGAAGUUUUGAAUUUGAAUUUCAGAGCUCACAAAGUGGAUAAGAAAGAUAUGUUUGGAAAAUCAGAUCCUUUCUUGGAAUUUUUUAAGGCUGGUAAAAACCCAGAUGAUUGGAUCUUGGUUCAUAGAACAGAGGUCAUCAAAAACAAUCAAAGUCCAACAUGGAAGCCUUUUGCUAUAUCUGUGCAGUCUCUUUGCAAUGGUAACUAUGAAAAACAAAUUAAGAUUCUGUGUCAUGAUUGGGAUGAUGAUGGAUCCCAUGAUUUGAUUGGUGAGACCAUGGCAACAGCACAACAAAUGAUUGAUGGAACCAGCGGUGGUAAAGAGGUUGAAUGGAAGCUUGUUCAUCCCAAAAAAAAGGCAAAGAAGAAGUCCUACGUUCACUCUGGGUUACUCUAUCUUACUAAUCUGAAGAUUACUCAUGAAUAUUCAUUUCUUGAUUACGUCCUUGGAGGAUGCCAAAUAAAUUUUACUGUUGGUGUUGAUUUCACAGGUUCUAACGGAGAUCCAAAUGACUCUAGAUCGCUACAUUAUAUAAAUCCAGGUUAUCCUAAUCAGUAUGCGCAAGCCAUCACAGCAGUAGGCAAUGUUAUACAGGAUUAUGACAGUGACAAGUUAUUUCCUGCUCUUGGAUUUGGUGCCAAAAUUCCACCAAAUUUUGCUGUUUCUCAUGAAUUUGCCAUCAACUUUGAUAUGAACAAUCCAUUUUGUGCAGGUGUGCAAGGCAUUUUACAAGCGUAUGAAAAUUGUAUCCGACAAGUAAAACUCUGGGGACCAACCAAUGCCUCUCCAAUUAUACAUCAUGUGGCUAGAUUUGCACAGGAAGCUCAGAGACAGCCCGGAGCGUCACAAUAUUACGUGUUAUUGUUGUUAACGGAUGGAGUAUUAACUGACAUGGAUGAAACGCGCGAAGCUAUCGUACAUGCAUCCAAUCUACCAAUGUCGGUUAUUAUAAUUGGUGUUGGCAAUGCUAACUUCUCUGAUAUGAAAGUGCUAGACGGUGAUGAUGGCGUUCUCAGAACUGUACGAGGUGAAAAGGUUGCUAGGGAUAUUGUGCAGUUUGUACCAUUCAGAGAUUUUCAAAGCGCAAGUCCUGCAGCAUUAGCAAAAUCAGUUUUAGCCGAAGUUCCUAAGCAGGUGGUUGACUACUUCAAGAAGAGAGGGAUUCCUCCAAAUAAUCGCACCGUAUCACAGUAACUAGACAUUGUUUGAGUUUGCUUAGAUUAGGUGCAGCAUAACAUAUUUACUAUGGAGUCACUCAAAACAUCUUCAGAAACAUCUAAUUUUUGUUCUGAAAAAAAAAAUGAAAAAAUAAAUCAAAAUUCAGUUCAGUUCAGUUUUUCUUGAAAGCACACAAAUAUUUAAUUAUUAUAUAAUAAAAAGAAUGUCAUAAAUAUUUAUCUUGCACCUGAACAUUAUUCAGUGGACCUGAUCUUUCCAAUAAUGUGAAAACU